UCCCUGUCACUUUGGAUUACCUCUUUUUCUCUCUCGGUGUGUAAUUUUGGAAAUUUUUUCGUCGUCAAAUUUCCCGUAAAACCCGUUUCGGAAAACGGUUCCAGCUACGUUCCGUCGUCGUUCGGUCGGGCCCAUUCGGUAGCGGGCAGCUCCAAAUUGUGCAGUUUGGCGCGGAGGACGGUUUUGGGUGUGCGGAUCGUGGACAAAAUGGCCAGCAAAGCAGCAGCACCAUCAGCAGGACAAGAUCAAGUUGACGACAGCUGGGAAGAAAUCGACGAGGAACAGCUGGCUUCCCGCCUGAGCAGACUCACAAACGACGACGACGACCCGGCCAAACUGGGCAAAGUUCCGUCACCAGACGACGACGACGACGAACCGUCGGAGGCGAGUGGACGCUCGGCUGCUGGUGCCAACAGUUUACCGGCGAUGCUCGAGGAGGAACUCCGUCCACGAAUGAUUCUGCAGCGGCCGCAGAUGCAGAUCCUCCGCCGGCCACAGUCCAAGGCCCAGGAGGAGAAGGCGGCCGCCGACCAGAAGCCCAAAACGCAAAUCAAAUCCCUGGACCAGCGCAAACAGGAGUACGCGGAGGCCCGGCUCCGGAUACUGGGGUCAGCUCACGACGAGGAGGAACAGCAGCAGAAGCAGGUCGAGCAACCGAAGAAACCCAGUCCAAACACCAACGGGCAUCGAAUAGGUAACAAUAGCAGCAGCAGCAGCGCAAACAACAACGCGAGCAGUUCCCGAACUCCGCAGCAAAACUCGUUCCGACAGGCGGCCCCGUCAACAGCAUCGCCAUCGUCAGCAAACUACCAACUCCAGCAGCAGCAACAACAGAACCAACAUCCCUUCUACUCACCACAUUCAUCCGGCGGACGGAAUCAACCGCCCCCGCCGCAACCUCCGCCGCUAGCGAUGACCUACCAGCAGCAACAGACUCCUCCCCACCCGGGUGCGUACCACUUUCAGCACCACCAGAAGCAGAUGUCGCCUUACGGGAUGAUCCCGCACCAACACCAGCACCAACAGCCCUCGGCUGGAUUCCAUCACAUGGGAGGAGGACACGGUUAUCCCGGAGGGGCAGCGAGUGGUGGCGGCGGUGGCACCAACAGUGGACACAGUAGUAACAACAAUGUUCUUAGAUUACCGGCCGGCCCCGACGGUUCGCACGGGUUCACCAUACGGCGGUAGCUAGCUUGCUGAAAACACACGCAAUAAAAGAACGCUAACAAAACCUUAGGAUGGAAUUUACGAUUUCGCUUCAAAAUGUUUUUCAUUAUUAUUAUUUUCGGAUAGACACACACACACACGCUGCUUAAUUUGUACUUUAUUUUUUUCUGGGGAGGAAUACAAUUUAAAUUAUUUCAAAAGACUCGACGCGAAAAACGGCUUCGCCGCCGCCGAAGGUCAACAAAAAAUCUGAAAAAUCUACAUGAACCAUGUCACUGUGCGUACAACCCUUUUUGCAACCACAAUAAUCAAUUCUUUUUAUCUAAGUGUAUGAUAAAACAAAAUAAAACAAUAUUUUAAAUAAUUAUACUAAGAGCAUGGUGCGAAGGAAAAAGUGAACCAACCACUUAGGACUUUACUAUACAAUCUGUAUGUACCAGAAAUAGUUGUUUCCAAAUUGAAAAAUACUCUAUAAAUCAAACAAUAUUGC